AUGGAUGAUGUUUCUGUUGACAAGACUGAUUAUACGUUAGCAAAUUUGAUGCCAAAAGUGGAAACACAGCAGGAACAGUUUCUAACGAAAUAUCCAGAAUACGAUGGUAGGAAUAUUAUUAUUGGCAUAUUGGAUACAGGCAUCGAUCCAUCACUUCCUGGAUUACAGGUAACGAGUCAUGGACUGCAGAAAGUGAUAGAUGUAAUAGAUUGUACAGGAGCGGGCGAUGUGGAUACAUCGACAGUGCGUACAGCUACGGAUGGUUAUGUUACUGGACUUACGGGAAGAAAGCUAAAGAUUCCAGAAACUUGGGUUAAUCCAAGUGGUAAAUAUCACUUAGGAAUAAAGCCAAUUUAUGAAUUAUACAGUAGAACUUUAUUGGAAAGGAUAAAGAAGGAAAGGAAGGAAAAUCUUUUUGAUAGCGGACAGAAAUUAGCAAUGGCCGACGCAAUGCGUCAGCUCGUUGCGCACGAAGAAGCAGUCGGUGGGACAUCUGAUAAAAUAAGUGAUAAGGAAGAUAGAGAAGAACUUUCGAGUCAAGUAGAAAUAUUAAAAAGUUUGGAUAAAAUGGAUGAUCCAGGGCCAGUUGCUGAUUGCAUUGUUUUUCAUGACGGCACGAAGUUUAGAGCUUGUAUAGAUACUUCAUAUCGUGGACGUUUAAGCUUAGCACCUCUACUUAGCAGUUAUCGUGAUAGCGGUAAAUAUUACAAACUCUCCGACAGUGAUAUGCUGACGUUCUGUAUCACCAUACAUGAUAAUGGUAAUUUGUUGGAAAUAUGUGUCCCUUCUGGUAGUCAUGGAUCUCAUGUUGCAAACAUCGCCGCUGCUUACUUUCCUAACGAGCCUGAAAAAUCUGGAUUAGCUCCUGGAGCUCAGAUUGUUUCUCUUUGCAUCGGUGAUCAUCGUCUAAAAACUAUGGAAACGGGUGCUGCACUUACUCGGGCUCUAAGUCGCUGUGCUGAUUUGGGUGUACAUCUCAUCAAUUAUUCCUAUGGUGAAGCGACAAAUUUUCCAAAUUCGGGUCGUAUUAUCGAGGCUUUAGAUAGGGUAGUAAGACGACAUGGGAUAUUAUUUUUUUCAUCAGCGGGAAACUGUGGUCCAGCUUUAUCAACUGGCGGAUGUCCAGGCACAACUACUACUUCAGUUAUCGGAGUUGGUGCAUAUCUUUCACCCACAAUGAUGGAAGCAAUGUAUAGUAUGCGCGAUAAGAUACCUCCAACAUUGUAUCCAUGGUCGUCCAGAGGCCCAACAGCUGAUGGAGCAUUAGGUGUAUCGAUUUGUGGUCCAGGUGCUGCUAUUACAAGUGUGCCUAAGUUUACAUUGAAGGCAAGUCAACUAAUGAAUGGUACCUCAAUGAGUUCACCAAAUGUUACAGGAACUGUCGCAUGUUUGCUUAGUGCUUUGAAAGCACAGAGCAUUUCAUGGAGUCCAUAUCUAAUUCGAUUGGCUUUGGAAAAUACUGCCCGAUUACCAAAAGAUCAAAAUCGUUUUACUGUUGGCAGCGGAUUAUUGCAGGUAGAUGAUGCAUACAAUUUCAUCCAUGAUCAUCAGUCAUUAAUUUCACCCUUGCUUACACAUUUCAAAAUUAAAAUCAAUGAUGUUAAUGCACGUGGAAUUUAUUUGCGUGAGCGCUACCAAACAUGUUAUAUGGACACCUAUGUUAUCGCUGUGCAGCCAGAAUUCAAACCGGAAUCAGAUAAUGAUGCAAAAAUAGCAUUCGAGAAGCAUUUAGUGCUAACAUGCGUUGCAUCUUAUGUCAAAUAUCCAAAACAAUUUACAUUAAUGCAUCAGGAACGAGAAUUCACCAUAUCAUUGGAUCCAGUGGGUCUUGAAGCUGGUGUCGCUCAUUUUACUGAAAUAUGUGCUUAUGACUCCGAGAACAUUUCACUUGGUCCAUUAUUCCGUAUACCGAUAACUGUGAUUAUUCCGCUAUGUUUGGAUGACAAUUCACGAUAUACAAUAAAACGGAAGUUACAGUGUAAGCCCGCAAGUCCGGAGAGACUUUUUAUUCAUGUGCCUGAGGAUGCUGAUUGGGCUUGUUUGAAAUUGACAUCCUGUGGGACACAGCUGCAAGCAAAAUAUGUUGCCCAUAUUGUCCAACUUUUACCGAAUACGGCCUAUCGUUCGACUGAAUUUCAUAAGACGAUUUCAUUAGAGCAAAAUCAAGAAGAGCAGUUUGCUGUCCCAUUGCGUGGCGGACGUACCAUGGAGUUGUGUAUAACCAAAUGGUGGUCUAAUUUGGGUGAAGCAGUAGUGGAAGCUGAAUUAGUAUUUCAUGGUGCUCUUCCUUCACCUUCUAGAUUAAACAUGUUUUCAACUGAAACACCAUUUCAUUUUACCGUACGUAAUUCGAUGAUGAGAUUUGAAGAUGUGCGACCGGCUGUAACAUUCCGCCAUAUAUGUCAACCAUUUCGACCAGCGGAAGCAAAAGUGCAACCUCUUGGACCACGUGAUCUCUUCUUUUCCGGCUUGCAAACUUUUCGUUUGCUACUCACAUAUAACUUCUCUUUACAAAAAGCAACCGAUGCAUAUGUUGAAUUACCUGGUAUAACUGACUACCUCUAUGAAAGUGCGUUUGAUGAUGUACAUAUUAUGAUUUUCUCUGCAACAAAGCAGUAUAUUGGAAGCAGUGCUUCAUAUCCUGAUCGGUAUGUCGUGAAAUUAGAGAAGGGCGAGUACCGAGUUCGUGUACAGAUUAGGCAUGAUGAUGCAUCGUUAUUGGAGAAAUACCGUGAAACAGUCUUAAUUUUAAGGCUGAAACUUGCAACACCAAUAAGUUUGGAUUGUUUUUCUGAUUAUGAAAGUGCUGUAAGAGGGGAGGGGAAAAAAUUUGGCACGAAGAGAAUGAAACCAGGUGAAAUUGGUGUGGUAUACAUUGGUCCAGUUCCGGAAGAUAAACUUCCGAAAUUUGGUUGGCCUGGUUGCUAUUUAGCUGGUGCACUCUGUUUAUCAGAUAUUGAAUUAGCUCGAGGUCACGUACAAUAUCAAGUGACGUAUACAUUUCCGGAAUGGACUCAUAAGCAAACCAAAACUGUUUCAUCUGUUGCAUUAGUAAAAAAGAAGGAAGAUUUUGCUGCUGAUUCUAUGCAAGCUAUGAAUGAGGCAUUACGUGAUUUUUAUGUACAAUGGUUAGGAAAAUUACAAGAUGUUGUGGAUGCAAAUGAUUUAUAUGGUCAUUUAAUUGCUGAAAAUCCAAAGAAUUUGCGAAUCAUGCAAGCGCAACUGAAACGCUUGUUCGACCAUAGAUGUAAUCCAGAAAAUCAUAGUCGAAUUCUGGAACUGGUAGAUGCUAUUCUUGAUGCAGCUAAGCCAGAUGAAGUAUUAAAAUACUUGGGCUCUAAACAUGAAAACAGUGAAAGUGAUAUUAUUAUCAAAGCAGACAUGGACAGUCGUAAAAAUGCCAUUAUCGAUGCAUUAGUCAUCAAAGCAGAUGCAUUAGUUGAUGAACACUUGGCAAUUAGUACCCAGGAAAUACCAAAGUCUUUUCGACAUGGUUUGAAUGUUGAUGUUGGUACAAAGACCGAAAAAACUUCGCAAGCAAGUGGAGAGCUCACCAAAAAAUCAUCAAUUAGCGAUUUCCAGUUGAUAGAAGAUACAAAGAAAAAAGAUACAGAAGAUAUUGGUGUUGGUGGAGCAGGUGAUUUGCUAGCAACACUAGAAUCAGAUCAAGUAACUGAUACUUUACCAACAGCUAUUGAAACUGCAGAAUCAGAUCAGCCAAGAAGAACUGUAAAAGUUACGCUGAAAGAAGUCGAUACUGCGUACUAUGAAGUUUUAAAAUGGUUAGAAGCGACUGAUUCAAAGGUGUUGAUAUUAUCUGCAAAGCAAGCUGUUGCACAUGCCCAUUACGGUCGAGCAUUGAAGUACUUGAGAAAGGCAGGUGACGAUAAAAAUUUUGCAAAUAAUUUGGUUGUGGAAGCGGCAGUUAUUGAGCUUGUGGAACAACUCGGCUGGGUGCACAUUGCAAAUAAUUUGCGAAACCAAAUGAUUAUCAAAUAUCGCAACGACUAUCGUCUGUUUUGA